GGGCUUGAUGAUUAGUUGAUAAGUUGAUUAGUUGACAAGAUGAACCAGUUGUGCUUGUCCGGGGUUACAAAAGUAUACUGUUGGGUGUAUUUGAGGACCAAGAAACACUGUAUUGCGAAAUGCUUUUGGGUAAUUCCCAAAUACCGGCCAUUGCAAAGUGAGCAGGCGUUCAUACGUGAUGUUGGCAAAAACAUUUUUUUAAAUGUGUUCAAAUUUUGCCCAAUAGGUUAUGGCGUCAGUCAGAGUCGUCACAGGCGUGGCGGCCCGAGUUGAUGUCAUACUUAAACUAUAAUUCUGCUCUCCAAGUAAUUACUCGCUCAUUAUGCAGUUCCUCUAAACACAUGCUGUGCUGUUGGACUCAAACAAGCUGCAUUUCAACGGGCGUUUCAAAAACAACUUGAACCAGGACAGGAAAGUGGUCCAAUUCGCACAUCCCUGGUCAUCCCUACUGCCUCUGAUCUGGAAGACUCUAAACACACAGGCUUUGUUUGUAAAUUAUGUUGGAGUGUGCCCCUGGCUGAAAAACAACAAAAUGGUGGAUGGUUGACUGGACAGGCAGUGAACGCUAGACGCACCAGUCACUGACCUCACGCUGUCAACAGCAGAAGAGCAGAUGGAUAUAGUUACCUGGCCAUCGUUAAGUUGACAGGACCAUCCUGGAUUGUGUACCACAGUGGAAUUACCAUACUAUUGGUCAGCAGACGAGUAAUGGACAUGCACAAGGAUUCCUCAUCUAUGGAUUUCAAUGGAGUGAUUUUUGUCUGACCAAAACAUUUUCUAUAGAAAGCUUCCCUACAAAAUAUAAGGAGCUAGUAUUCUGGUCACAUUUUUACUGAGAUGUUAUUGUUUUCCAACGGCUUGAAGUGGAGCCUGUAAUUGUGAUGAAGACACGGCCUGUUUCUGUUCAUCAGAGGAACCCAGUGUUCAUCCUGUUAUAACCAAGAAAUCUCCAGGGGAGGAAUUAUUCUCAGACAUCCCUUGGAAAUCUGAAUUUUCAAUAAGGGGCUUCUCUGUUUUUCCCUUCCCUCCACUUCCCUGAAAAUUUCAUUUUUGUCUACCACUACACCAUGUAUCUAUCGAUGCAGAAGAACUUCAGGGCAUUUACUGUGUUAGCCUUUAUUGUAACUUUCACCACUUUCCUCUUCAGUUUCACGUUGAGAGAUCCCUCUCUGUACUUCUUCAAAUAUGCCAUACACAAGUCGGACAACUUCUUCUCUAAAGGCCAGUGUGGCUGUCGACAGUGUAUGACAGAGCUGGAGGACGACCCCUGGUUCACUGAGCGGUUCAACCUGUCAGUCCACCCUCUGAUGUCUAGGAAGAACAGCCUGCUGACUGACGACACAUACCACUGGUGGCAGAAAUUGCAGGAACAUGAGGACCCGGCCAACUUCAGCGAGGUGGUGGAGAAGUUGUUCCAGGUCAUCCCUGAUGAUGACGACCUCUACAAGGACGCGGGGCCUGAGCGCUGUAGGACCUGUGCUGUGGUGGGAAAUUCUGGGAACCUCAAGGGCUCCCGCUACGGACCCCUCAUCGACUACAGUGAUGUCAUCAUCAGAAUGAACAUGGCUCCUACCGCUGGCUUUGAGAAGGAUGUUGGGAGCCGGACUACGCAUCAUGUCAUGUACCCAGAGAGCGCAAUAGAUCUGGACAACACCACCAGUCUUCUGCUCAUCCCCUUCAAGACUCUGGACCUGCAGUGGAUCACCAGUGCCUUGACCACCGGCUCCAUCAAAGAAACAUACGUUCCUGUCCGGUCCAGGAUUAAGGCAAACAAGAACAGGGUGUUGAUAUACAGCCCAACCUUCUUUAAAUAUGUCUUUGACACAUGGCUGGAGAGUCAUGGCCGGUAUCCCUCCACUGGCUUCCUCAGCCUAUUGUUCGCCAUGCACAUCUGCGAUAAGGUGAGUGUGUACGGGUUCGGAGCGGACCGGUAUGGGAACUGGCACCACUACUGGGAAAAUAAUUACAACGGAGGCGAUUUCCGCGAAACCGGGGUGCAUGAUGCGGACCAUGAGUACAACGUGACCCUGCUUCUGGCUGACAAACACAAGAUCAAUUUUUUCAAAGGCUUCUGAUAUCUGGAUAUGUCAUUGGCCUGAGACCAAGCCUCAUCAGCCUAAAUCCUGUCGACUCAGUUUAUCCCCAAUGGGUAAUCCCUGAUUGAAAUUACAUUGUUUCAACGUAAUUUGUCAAUGUAUCGUGAUGUGGAAUGCAUGUGUAAAAUGUAUUGGAUUUGCAAAAAGUAAUCAAUGUAAACGAUUGUUUUGAGGGUGAAAUUUCAAUAAGGAUUAUGUCAUGGUAACCUAUUUUUAAGACACAACUUAUAUAAAAUGUUACAUUUGUACCUUUUUGUAACAAUGUCAGAUCUUUAAUGUUAUAUCCACUAUCAGACACCCACACAAAAAGUAAAGUGUUAGUUGUGAACUAACACUUUACUUUUUCCUCCUGAGUAGCUUUGACUUUGCUGAUAGCUACUUCAUUGUGGAUAAAUGUACUUACUGUGAUAUGUGGUUGUCCCUACUGUGAUAUGUGGUUGUACCUUCUUGCACUAAAUAUCUGUGUCGCUCUGGAUAUGAGCAUCUGUUAAAUGACUAAAAUGUAUAAACUAAAUAGAUGAA